GACGUCGCUAUCAACAUAUAAUGUGAUUUGCUUUCGGGUCGAACUUCCAAGGCUCUGCCCAUAGUUGAGAUGAAAUUAACCCCUGGAUGAAAAGUUGAUAAGCGUGGACCCCCCCUUCCCAUCCGCAUUGCAUCGACAUCAACCCAUAAUCAUCAACCCCCCUCGACGGAAUGCACGCCGAUCAGUCGUCGCAGCCACCCUCGCUCUCAAUUGUCAUUCGCAUCGACUCCACAUACCCUGCAGACGUCACAAUGCUGCAAUGGCCCAUCCUGAUCAUCGGAGCAGGCACUUGGGGGGCCUCGACUGCCCUGCACCUCGCCCGACGCGGCUAUACCAACGUCACCGUCCUGGAUGCGUACCCCCAGCCCUCCGCCAUUUCGGCCGGAAAUGACGUGAACAAGAUCGUCUCUUUCACGGACCCGCCCGCGGACGACGACCCGGAGUUCGUAAACAAGACUUUUUUCGCCGCCCUGACCAAAGGCUUCCAGCAUGACCCGGUCUUCAAGCCCCAUUUCCACAAUGUCGGGAACAUCAUCUCGGCCUUUUCCGCGGGGGGUCUCAAGCACAUCGGACGACGGGACCGCAGAGGCGCCGAUAUAGUGGAGUUGGACAGCCCGGAAGACUUCCGGUCGGCCUUCCCCUCGGGGAUCCUGUCAGGGCCUCUUCCAGGAUGGAAAGGGUAUUGGCGAAAGAACGGGGCCGGGUGGGUACACGCACGGAAUGCGCUCGUGUCCGCGAUCACAGAAGCGCAAAGACUCGGCGUGACCUUCAUCGGAGGGGAGUCGGAAGGCAAGGUCGUACGGCUACUUUUCUCAUCCAACAAUAAUGGAGCCCAGGACAUCAUCGGCGCCGAAACAGCAGACGGGAAACAACACCUCGCAUCCAAAGUCAUCCUGGCCGCUGGAGCCAACGCCGACCAAUUCCUCGACUUCAAGAAACAGCUCCGACCGACCGCCUGGACGCUAGCCCAUAUCCGCAUGUCGCCCGAGGAAGCCAAAGCAUACCGUAACCUGCCUGUCCUUUUCAACGCCGACCAGGGCUUCUUCAUCGAGCCCGACGAGGAAAACCACGAGCUGAAGAUCUGCGACGAACACCCGGGCUACUGCAACUGGGUGUAUGCCUCGGAUGGAGAGCGCCGAAGCGUCCCCUUCGCGCGUCAUCAGAUCCCCCUAGAGUCCGCCGAGCGAAUCCGCGGCCUGUUGAGAGCAACGAUGCCUCAGUUGGCAGAGAGACCGUUCUCGUUCGCCCGGAUUUGCUGGUGUGCGGAUACUGUCGACCGGAACUUUCUCAUCGAUUAUCACCCCGAUUAUCCGUCCUUGCUGCUAGCGGUUGGGGCGUCGGGUCGGGGGUUCGCACAUAUUCCGUCCAUUGGGGGGUUUAUUGUCGAUCGGCUGGAGGGGAGGAUGGACGAGAGGAUUGCGACGGCAGUUCGGUGGAGGCCAGAGCAGGCGGUGGAUCGCGAUUGGGAUGAUACGCAGAAUCGGUUUGGGGGGCCGUAUGCCGUGAUGGACUUUCAGAAGGUGGAGGGGUGGACAGAUGUAGAAGACUCGUAGGUGGUCAUGGGCAGGAGAUUGUAGCAAUCGUGAUAUUCGAAACUGGCUAGUUAC